CUAUCGGCAAUUCCAAGUUCAUUGAACAUCACGAAGCCCUUCUUGGGAUGUGUGUUCGAGUGUUGAUUCAAAGGUUUCACCUUGGGACAUGAUGAGAAUAUACGUGGUUUAUCUUAUUACGUGACACAUAGAUUGCUCCUAAACAUACAUAGUCAAAAAGGAAUCUUCGAUAUUGACAUCCUUUCUUUGUCAAACUCUGAGUGACUGUAAAGUGAAAUACGUUGUGUAAACAUUAUACUUUAAUCAAUAUUUACCAGUGGUUUAAAGAAAUACCAAUUUACCAAAAUAAGUUGAACAACAUCUACAAGUACAACUAAAUAUUUAGAAAUUAAUGACAGGCUAACCGAAAUGUUAUAUGGAAUAUCUGGAAUGACAUUUCUACAGCGUUGAUUGACCGUUCCAUAACGUACUGACUUGGUGAUGGAAUAUAAAAAUGUUUUAGCUGCGUUCGUUGUGUUCUCGAUCAUCUCCGACAUACAAGGUUCUAAAUGUGGUGGGUUUAUUACCUUACAAGACAGAGGGACGAAGCUAAUAACGUCUCCAGGGUACCCCAUUGGCUACUCUAACAACAUGAAGUGUAUUUGGUUGAUUCAGGCCCCUGUCCACAAGAGAGUCAAGGUGGAUAUAACCGACGUUGACCUUGAAGAGCACGGCGAAUUCGCAUGCGUCGAUCAUCUUGAGCUUCGCGAGGGGAACAGCUCUAGUGCUAUAAUAGGGCGUAUUUGUAAAGAAACCGUUCAUCUGUAUGGUGUGUCCGAGACACGUUGGUUGUGGAUGAUGUUCACCAGUGACAGCAGUCUCACCGCCAGGGGGUUUAGUAGCACUGUUUCUGUUGUAGAUGGAAAUAUAACAGAUUCAAAUGCAGUGCCAUAUCAAGAGGAUUGCGAGUACAUGGGAAAUUUCCAGUGCAGCAACUAUGAGUGUGUACCUCAAAGUUCUAAGUGCGACAAAUCUAACGACUGUGGUGACUACUCUGACGAGGACGAGUGUCCUAGUUCUGCUAGUUCUGCUAACAUUGCAGCAAUAAUAGGUGUCGCAGUGGCUUGUAUCGUGAUCUUCAUCGUCUUGAUUAUAGUGGUGAUAUUUAUAUGCAAGUUGAAAAAGGCCCAGAGUGGAAGGAAUGCACAUGUAUCACCUGGGAACACAAACAACCGAGGGACACCGAGCUCACCUUAUGUCAUCGAUCAAAGCAAUAAUACUUCAUUGGCACAUGGACACUCGGAGCAACAUGGAAUGGUGAUUCUAGGCUACUCAAGCCCACCACAUGGAUCCCAUGGACACAAUCACAAUGGAAGUUUUACCCCUGCACCACCCUACAGCGCUGUCCAAAGUGUGCCUCAAACGGGACAUAUAGCAGAUGAACCCCCUCCAUAUAACGCAAUUGGCACAACCGCUCAGGCGCCUCCUUUACCAAAUAAAGAAUUUGAAAAAACAAAGUAGACUUAAGUUCGCUGGUCGAACUCUGAUCUAGUUUUGUAUUCAGACAAUACAAUUAUGAUUGUGCUUAUUGUUUAAAACUCUUUGUCAGAUGUAGUACAUUGAAUUUGAACCCGUUGGAAAGGGUACGUAUUGGUUCAUUGGUCAGCGAAACAGUAGAAAUUGCGCUAUACUUGAGAAGCACAAACUUCUAAAAAAAUUAUAUUUAUACAGAAAAAGUAUGCAAUAAAUCUGAAUCGAAGUAAAUAAAUGAAAAAUGUAUAUUCUAUGUCUGCAACCCGGGUUGCAACUUUUACUAUUCUAUCAACAUCGGCUGUAUUUCUAUAAUGAUGAAUGUCCUAGAAAAUGAGAUGUGGCUACGGUGGAAACAUCUAUCGUUUCAUUUGUAACAUUAUGCCAAGGAGGUAGGCAUGGACAUUGACAGUUUGGGGCGCCUACUGGGUUGAAUGCCAGUUCCAUUAUUGUCACGUGGAGAAAAUAGGCAACCACAGCGACCAAUACCUGAAACAUCAACCACGAAAAGCAAUUACAGAUCAGGGCAAAACAACAAUUCUAAUGAACAGGAACAGGAUGGGAAAAUAGAGGCUGUCUCACCACGGUGUAAAAAUACGGCUAUACAAUGCAGAAAUAUAAUUUAGGUUUAAGUAUCUUUGAGGAUUUUACAAGUAAGCUUUGUAUUUUGGCACUAUGUGACGUGGUCGGGAUUUGCAGAGGGGAUCGAAUUGUUGGCAUUUGUUGCACACUUACAGAUAUAAAUGUUUCCCUCGUUAUGGUAAAAAGCUUCCAUCCGGUAAAUCCAAUACCUCCGUUUAACUUCUCAACAAACACACCAAUCUAAAAUGAAAAAUAAAAAGGUGAAUUAUUUCUUCCUUGUUUUCCUUCAUUCGUUGCCAAGGAACAAGAAACAACAUCAGUAAGAGUGCACAUCGCCAUGGUGC